AAUGGCUGACGACAGAGAGGAGCUCGGUGUUUUUAAGUUUUAGCAAUGUAGAAAUGGCAGCGACAAUAAACCUGUCGGAUUCAGAGCGCUCGUCUCCAAACGACCAGUCUGUGUCCAGUCGAAGCAGCAACAGGAGUCUGAGAGUCGCGGAGAAGGAGAGAAGGAAGAACGAGGCGGAGGACCCAUUUGUUCUGGCCCUCAAGUACUUCACUGACGUUGAGGCUGGUACUCCUGUGUAUGGGAAUGAUGACUUUGAGAGGAACCUGGUGCUGGUGGAGAAGGUGGCCUACAGUAAGGGACUUUCCCCAGAGGCCAUAUCCGUUAUGCUGGAGUUUGCCAUGAGCCUCCGUAUGGGGAGCAGUCCAUGUGUGCGAGUGCUCAAGUGUCUGAUUCCUGCCACUGUGGUGCCACAAGAGGCCGUUGUUCGAGCAGUGGUUUGGCUGGGUGUUGGAAAAAUACCCAUCAGCACUCAGGUUCUUUUCAUAAAAUGGGUUUUAACCGUAUUUGACAUGAUCGACACAAAGGACCAGCUUCGAGCUGUUUACGGCUUCAUCUUCAGCUACGUCACAGAAGAAAAUCUGUGCCCUUUUAUCUGCCAUCUGUUGUACCUUUUGACCAGAAAGGAAAGUGUGCGAGUGUUCAGAGUCAGGAAGCUGCUGGAGCUACAGUCUAAACUGGGAAGGCAGCCUUUCCUCCUGCACCUACUGUCACUUUACAAAGUGUUUUGCCCUGAGCUAGUGACGCUCUCAAUUCCAUCACGGAUGAGGAGUGGGUUUAGAAACCAUAUUUCCCCCUGGAAAUCAGCACUGAUUGCUGUCCAGAAGAGGAACGGCUUGCAGGUUGCGUCCAGCAUGAGUCUUGCCUUCACGAUUAAGGAUAAGACCAACUCAAGGAAAAGGAAACACUGCCACCUGGAAGUACCAGCAUUGAGGUCUGUAGUCAACAAAGAGGCUCAGACUGAGAAAUGUUCCAGCAGGAAGGUGGUCCCCCUGGUGCAGCUCCACUCCUUUGCUCAGCUACUGGAAAAUAUGCAUCAUAUUGAGCUGCCAGCUCAGAUGGGCUCAUUGCUGGGUUCCAGUCUGGCACUGCAGUACCUGGACUGUGUGCAGGAUGAGUCUGCCCUCCUACGCCUCAAUUUCUGGCUGGGCUACGCUCUCCACGAAGAAUUUUUGUUCUGUGGCGAUGGAGGAGCCAUCCAGAAUUCAGAAGAUGCUCUCCAGUUUUUGAACAAGCUGCUGUCCGCACACCACUUUCUCCAGGAGGGGUUUUCCAGCUCAGAGGCUUUCCUUUACAAAUUUCUCAACGUUUGGGACGGUUCCCUGCUCCGUCCACAGAUCCUCGGCCUGCUCAGCAACAUUCCUGUUGUCCCAAGCUCUCAAAUCGGAAGGCUUCUGUUUGAACCCCUCACGCAGCUCUUCUUCACAUCCUCACUGUUUUUCAAGUGUGGACUGGUGGAGUGUCUAAACAAUAUGCUGCUGAAGUGGCUGACCUGGCACUCAGUGUAUGCUCUGGAGGACGACCUGGACAUCAGCCUGAACAGCCACACCUCCAUAAACAUGACUCUGUCAGGGUUCAAGGAUUCAGUGAUGGAGCUGGUUAACUUCGUGGGUCAGCUCGCUUCUGUGGGCCUUCAGAUUGAAGGCUGCCAGUCUCUCCUCCUCAGCUUUGUCCUGGACUUUUAUGAGACGGUGUGUGACACGUUUCUGAAGUAUGGCCUCCCCCUCGUGGUGAUGCCUCCGUCUGGAGUUUUUUACCCCGCCCUGUUUGCCUUGGACCCCGUCAGCGUGGACCGACUGGCCUACAUCAUGCACAGGUACAAAGUGAACUUGACAUCAGCCAAGGCUCAAGAAAAACUGACAAAGCAGGCCUUUCACAUCAGCCGCCAAACUUUCCACGAGUUCAACCAUUACGUGGUCGACAUGGUCAGCUGCCUGUGGAACUCCAAGAUGUUUCAGCCAGGCAUGGGCGUACAGCUGGGAGAGGAGCUGCUGCUCAAGAGCAAAGUGCCGCAAUAUUGGACGAGCUUCGACCUCAUCCACCACCCCGCCUUCAUGAGCUACGCCGUGGACUUUCACCAGAAGUGCUGGCCAGGGAAAAAGGACAUGGACCUCAGUUCCAUAAAGCACUCCAAGCCGUGGAGCUGGUACCUGGAGUAUCUGUUCACUCAGGGUUACGACGGCCUUAAACAAUUUGUUCAGAGCAACAUCAGCCGGCAGCUGACAGCAAGCGAUGGGCAGGGCGACACGCAGCAGAGGUAAAAGCUGCACUAAGUGGAGAAGAAAAACAACCACUUGCGUCUUACCCAUUUCUUUUUUUUAAAAAAAGGACUUGUACAUAUCUCAUCAUCGUGUGUCUUCUUAGCUUGCAACUGAACUGAAUAUCUUUUUAUGUACAUAGACUUAUCUGUGUUUAUUGUGUAUUCUAACUUUAUAGUUUUAUCGAUUCAAUGAUAACAGACCAUAAUGCUCUUCUGUGUUACAUUCUUGUACAGCUUGCCAUCUGCAAAACCUGACUCUUGCACAUUGUUGGUAAUACAUAAGUGUAAGACUUUUACUUUCAAAACACAUAAUAAUAAAUAAUUAAUGA